AUGGCGGAUCAGACGGAACGUUCAUUCCAAAAGCAACCAACGGUUUUCUUGAACCGUAAAAAGGGUAUCGGUGUGAAGCGUAGCAGGAAACCACUGAGGUACCACAAAGAUGUGGGACUCGGUUUCAAAACACCUCGCGAGACAGAGAAAGCGUUUCAGAAGCAGGCUACGGUCUUCCUCAACAAGAAGGGGGGACUGAAGAGGAAAGACAUGAGACAUUCUAAGAAUGUCGGUCUUGGUUUCAAGACUCCGCGUGAGGCGAUCGAAGGCACAUACAUCGACAAGAAGUGUCCUUUCACUGGCAACGUGUCGAUCCGUGGUCGUAUCCUCACCGGAGUGGUCCAGAAGAUGAAGAUGCAGAGGACCAUCGUCAUCAGACGUGACUACCUGCACUACCUGCCUAAGUACAACAGAUUCGAGAAACGUCACAGGAACAUGUCGGUCCAUUUAUCUCCAUGCUUCAGGGACGUUGAACUCGGAGACAUCGUGACAAUCGACUUUUUGCGGACGAUACGGGACCCUGAAAAGCCGAGUACGCUCGAAGAUUUGAAGGUGGUUUAUGAAGAGGGGAUUUUCGUGAAGGAGCCUACUGCCGAUAAAGUUCCUGUGUUGCGAGUGGAAUACAAUCCUACAGUGCCUCAUUGUUCGCUGGCGACGCUAAUAGGACUGUGCAUUCGGAUAAAGAUUCAGCGCUCGAUACACCAUCCUGUGAAAUUGGAUAUUUAUAUCAAGAAAGGCGCACAUACCACGGAAGAUGAAAACGCUGGUCGCUUCCAAACGGAAGAUGUGAAAGUCAUUGGAGGUGGCCCAGGUCCAGAGGAUGAUGUUUUAUGGUUGAUACGACGAAGAUGA